AUGCCAAGUUUAAAACCCAGGUUCAACAGUGUGACCAAUCUUGAUUCAUACACUCACAGCAAAGCCUCCAUCUGUCUCAUGGAUUAUAGAUCUAAAUUGAUGGCUUCAGUAACAGAUGCCAGAUACAGACACAAUGAUGCUUCAGACCAAAAUUUCGAUUAUAUGUUCAAACUUCUGAUCAUUGGCAACAGCAGUGUGGGCAAAACGUCCUUCCUCUUCAGAUACGUUGAUGACACUUUCACACCAGCUUUUGUUAGCACAGUCGGAAUUGACUUCAAAGUGAAAACUGUUUACAGGAAUGACAAGCGGGUGAAACUGCAGAUCUGGGAUACUGCUGGACAAGAGAGAUACAGGACUAUCACUACAGCCUAUUAUCGAGGCGCUAUGGGGUUCAUCCUGAUGUAUGAUAUCACCAGUGAAGAGUCGUUUAAUGCAGUGCAGGACUGGGCCACUCAGAUCAAGACCUAUUCCUGGGAUAAUGCACAAGUCAUUGUGGUUGGAAACAAGUGUGACAUGGAGGAUGAAAGAAUCAUUCCUCUGGAAAAGGGUAAACAUCUGGCUGAUCAGUUAGGUUUUGAUUAUUUUGAUGCCAGUGCCAAAGAGAACAUCAAUGUGAGACAGGUCUUUGAGCGCCUAGUGGAUAUAAUCUGUGAAAAGAUGUCGGAGAGUAUAGAGUCUGACCCGUCCAGAGGCAGUUCUGGGAAGAACAUGCGACUCACAGACAACCCACCGCCUUUGCAGCAGAACUGUUCCUGCUAG